UAUGGCUUUAACCAUCUAAGCAUACAAAACUCGAAAUUAUAAGAUCAUCUUUAAUUCUUAUUUCAUGAAGAUGUCUAGUGAUCAAUCGAGGUUCUUAGCCUCACUACCACUGUUAUUGCUUCUUCUCAGCUUCUUAAUGACUUCCUUAUUCGACACGGCAGCUGCGCAAAUCGGAGUGUGCUACGGGAGAAUAGGAAACAACUUGCCACGUCCGGCUGAUGCGGUGGCUCUUUACCGGAACCGUAACAUCCGUCGCAUGCGGCUUUACGAUCCCAACCAAGAGGUUCUGUCCGCUCUACGUGGCUCUAACAUCGACCUUCUGCUCGAUGUUCCCAACCCUGAUCUCCAGCGUAUCGCCUCCAGUCAAGCGGAAGCUGACACGUGGGUCCGCAACAACGUCCGCAACUUCAACGGCGUAAGGUUCCGCUACAUCUCGGUCGGGAACGAGGUGCAACCCUCGGACCCAACCUCGAGGUUUGUCCUCCCCGCCAUGCAGAACAUCGAUAGAGCGGUUUCAGGCCUCGGGAUCAAGGUCUCCACAGCUAUAGACACCAGAGGCAUUAGUGGGUUUCCUCCUUCGAGCGGGACGUUUACACCGGAAUUUAGAAACUUCAUUGCGCCAGUGAUAGGUUUCUUGGUAAGCAAGCAAUCUCCUCUGCUUGUGAAUGUCUACCCUUACUUCAGCUACAUCAACAACAUGAGAGACAUCCGUUUGGACUAUGCUCUGUUCACUUCACCGUCCACUGUAGUCAAUGAUGGGUCCAACGCAUACAGAAACCUCUUCCACGCACUCGUAGACACUGUUUAUGCGGCAUUGGAGAAAACAGGAGGAGGAUCGGUGGAGAUCGUGGUUUCCGAGAGUGGUUGGCCGACAGCUGGAGGAACCGCGACAAAUGUGGAUAAUGCAAGGACUUAUGUGAACAACUUGAUACAAACUGUGAAGAGUGGAUCUCCUAGAAGACAAGGGAGACCUAUCGAGACUUAUAUAUUCGGUAUGUUCGAUGAGAAUCAGAAGAGUCCUGAGUUUGAAAAGUUCUUUGGACUCUUUCUUCCCAAUCAACAGCCCAAGUAUGGCGUCAAUUUCAACUAAUAUCCUCGAAGACACUUCAUUAUAGUGAUAUGAACUGAUGAAUGGAAUUCGAGGGCUUGUAUUGAUAAGGAUUCCAAAAGUGGGAAACAUGUAACAAUAAUAAGAAAUAAUGAGAAAAGAAAAUUAAUAAAAUUGUAAUAUUAAACCAA